GGCGGGGGCUGCUGGCUCGGGAGCUGCGGGCCGGCGCAGAGCGGCAGCGCGGUGCCCGGCUCGGAGCUGCGCCGUCCCGGCACGCCCGGCCCCGCUCCCGGCCUGCAGCGGCCUCGCAUCUUGCCGAAGCCCAGGCGGGAGCCCCCUCCCGGGCCGCCGUCGAUGCUGAGCGUGCCGGGGGCACUGCCCGCCUCCCUGCACCAUGGAUGGCUUCUACGACCAGCAGGUCCCCUUCAUGGGCCCUGGGAAAUCCUGUGCUGAGGAGGGCCGAGGCCGGUUGGGCUCCGAGAGGAAAAGGAAGUUUUUGGAGACCGACCUGGCCCACGACUCGGAAGAGCUCUUCCAGGAUCUCAGCCAGCUGCAGGAGGCCUGGCUAGCUGAAGCUCAGGUCCCCGACGAUGAACAGUUUGUCCCAGAUUUCCAGUCUGAUAACCUGGUCCUGCACGCCCCACCUCCAGCCAAGAUCAAGCGGGAGCUGCACAGCCCUUCCUCAGAGCUGUCGGCCUGCAGCCACGAGCAGGCUCUCUGUGCCAGCUAUGGAGACAAGUGCCUCUACAACUGCUGUGCCUACGACAGGAAGCCCCCCGCCGGGUUCAAGCCAUUAACACCGCCCGCCACGCCGGUGUCCCCCGCGCAGCCGGGUUCGUCCCUGCCACCGCCGCCGGCCCCAGGGGUGCAGGCAGCUGCCCAUGGCGGCCCAGCUGCCCCACUGCGCAGCACGGCGCCGGCACCACACCUGCUGCAGGAGCAGAGACAGCAAACCUUCGCCGUGCCGCGGCCGCCCCACCCGCCCGUGCACAUGCCAAAGAUGAUGUCCGAAAACCAGUACCCCACAGAGCACAGGUUCCAGAGGCAGAUGUCUGAGCCCUGCCACCCCUUCCCACCACAGCCCGGCGUUCCUGGGGACAGCCGCCCCGUCUACCACCGGCAGCUGUCAGAACCUGUUGGCCCCGCUGCCCCCCACCCCGCUCAGGGAUUCAAACAGGAGUACCACGACCCGCUCUAUGAGCACGCCGGCCCCAGCCUGCCCGGCCCCCCUGGGCACGGCUUCCAGUCCCCCAUGGGCAUCAAGCAGGAGCCCCGGGACUACUGCAUCGACUCAGAAGUGCCUAACUGCCAGUCCUCAUACGUGAGAGGGGGCCUCUUCCCCAGCAGCCAUGAUGGAUUUUCAUAUGAAAAAGACACACGAUUGUAUUUUGACGACACGUGCGUGGUACCAGAAAGACUGGAGGGUAAGGUGAAGCAGGAGCCCACCCUGUACCGCGAGGGCCCUCCCUACCAGCGGCGCGGGUCGCUGCAGCUCUGGCAGUUCCUCGUCACGCUCCUGGAUGACCCUGCCAACGCGCACUUCAUCGCCUGGACUGGCCGUGGCAUGGAGUUCAAGCUGAUCGAGCCCGAGGAGGUAGCACGGCGCUGGGGCAUCCAGAAGAACCGGCCGGCCAUGAACUAUGACAAGCUGAGCCGCUCCCUGCGCUACUACUAUGAGAAGGGCAUCAUGCAGAAGGUGGCCGGCGAGCGGUACGUCUACAAGUUCGUGUGUGACCCUGAUGCCCUCUUCUCCAUGGCAUACCCCGACAAUCAGCGUCCCUUCCUGAAAGCAGAGCCCGACUGCCACGUGAGCGAGGAGGACACCCUGCCGCUGACGCACUUUGAGGACAGCCCUGCCUACCUGCUGGAGGUGGAGCACUGCGGCAGCCUGCCCUACGCGGAGGGCUUUGCCUACUGAUGGCCGGCUGGCGGAGCGACCAGCGCUAGCACGCACGUCUGCUGUGGGCCAAUAAGGGCAAAGGUUUUGUAAAGAGUAUUUUUUGCCAUUUCUUUUAAAAACGAAACACAACAACAAAAAAAAAAAAAAAAGGAAAAAAAAAAAAGGAAACAAAUAACUAAAAAACGCGUGCGCGCACACAAACUGGCCUUUACCUUUAAGCGCAAUUGGAGGAAUCUAAAAUGCCCAGUGUGUGUCAGCGCUGAGCUCGCAACCUUACUGUCCAAGGGCUAGUGCAUAGGACUGCCCGAGGCUGGCGCCGAGCGUCCCACGGCUGUGUUGGGGAGCUGGGAGCUAAGCACCAAGUCUCUGACCCUGGCCACGCUUCUCGCGAGCAUGCGAUGGCUGAUGGCUUCAGCAGCGCCUGUGGGACUGGUCUAGACGGUGUGACUGUAGCGAAUUGUCACGACAAUCUGCUUUGCAUCGAUCACAAUACGCGUAGCUGCCUUGUGUGUUGGAAAGGGCUUUGAUUUGCACAGACGAGGGGGUGUCGGGGGGCUCGGUGCCCUGGGGCUGAUGUGUGCGGCGUCCCACCCCAAGCUGGAGGAGCCUUCUGCCUUCUUCCCAGACACAACCUCCCCGUCCCUCCUUGUUCCCAGCAAGCAUUACUCUCCCAUUUAACAAUUUGUCAGCCUGCCCCACUCCUUUCCACAUCCCCCCUCACUUCUCCCCAGCUCAGGCUGUAUGCGAUGGGUUUAAUUUCACAGGAGGGGGGCUGCUGUGAUGCUAUCUCCCUCUUUUGUUUUUUUUCCUUUCUUUUUUUGGGGGGAGAUAUGGGGGUGGGUGAUGUUUUUGGGGAAAAAAAAACAGAUUUCUAACUGAUUUUUGUAGAUUAUUUUGUAUUUUAAGGCAAAGCUAUUUUCUGCAGCCCAGCUGCUGUGCCGAUGCCCCUGCGGCUCACCAGGCUGCCUGCCGAAGUACCUGGUCCACUCCAUUUCACAGCUCACAUCCCUGUCCCAGGGGCUCUGCUCCCCUCUGUGCAUAACAGGGCCAGGCUGGAGUCCCUUCCCUUUGGCCCCUGCCCACCACAACUCCCUACACUCCUCCACCUCUCAUAUAUAUGCCCCUGCCUCCCCCCCCACCCCUAAUGGCUACAUGUUUUUGUUGUAAAUGCUGUAUAGGAAUUUUUUUUCUCAUCCUUAGUUAGCUUUGUUUGGAUUGGGUUUUUUUUUUUUUUCCAGUUGUUUUUUUGGGGGGAUUUUAUUUUGUUGGGUGUCUUUUCUCUUUUUUUUUUGGUUGUUUUUGGACUGAUCCAUUCUUUUUUGGGGGAAGUAUGAAGAUUAACCCUUGCAGGCUGGCUGGCUGUCCCUACAGUGUGCAGCGUGCCCAGUGCCGUCAGGAAGCGGUGACUGCAGGCACUGUGCCUUGGGGAUGGCUAGGAACAUUUGCUCAGUGCAGAGGGGGUUAAAUCUGAGGACUGACUGAAAUAACCUUUACUCAAGCAGGGCUAUGUAUCUCCUGCAAAUCCGCAUUACGUUCUGUACUGUGUACAAUAAAGAAUCUUGCUUUCUGUUC